UGCACCACCGUUCUCUCUUCUUUCUGCCCACACACACACACCACACAACAACCACCACCACCACCACGACGUGGCACGGACACACAAAACAAAACCCCACUUUCCACAACGGGCGACUUUCACCACCGAGGUCACCUCGCUGAGGUUUAAACGAUCUCAGGUGUCCCCCCUCUCCUCUCGAGGCUUCAUUCGGUUCCAUCGCGGCCGUGAAGCGACCAGCGCAGCGAGGAGCUGCGGCUGCGGCUUCUACCGCCAUGAUGCUGUCACGGGCAAAGCCGGCUGUGGGAGCAGGGGCACAGCCGGCAGUGGAGAAAAAGAAAAAGGGCAAAACGAUUCCUAAACUGGAAGACCUGUUGAGCAACAGGGACUACACAGGAGCCAUCACAUAUCUCGAGUUUCAGCGCCAUGCAGGGGAAGGGAAUGAAGAGACAGACCUUUGGAUGGCGUACUGUGCUUUCCACCUUGGAGAUUACAAACGUGCCAUGGAGGAAUAUGAGGCGAUGACGAAGCGAGAUGGCUGUAACCCUGACGUGUGGGUCAAUCUGGCUUGUGUCUACUUCUUCCUGGGCAUGUACAGCGAGGCAGACGCGGCAGCGCUAAAAGCACCAAAAAGCCGCCUGCAGAACAGGCUCCUGUUUCACCUGUCCCACAAGUUCAGUGAUGAAAAGCGUCUGAUGGGCUACCACCAAAACCUACAGGACAUUGUUGAAGAUCAACUGAGCCUGGCCUCAAUUCACUACAUGCGCUCCCACUACCAGGAAGCCAUCGAUAUCUACAAGAGGAUCCUCUUAGAUAACCGGGAUUACCUGGCGCUGAACGUGUACGUCGCUUUGUGCUACUACAAGCUGGACUAUUACGAUGUGUCGCAAGAGGUCCUGGCUGUGUACCUGCAGCACUUUACGGAUAGCGCCACCGCUAUUAACCUGAAAGCCUGCAACCACUUUCGGCUCUACAAUGGGAAAGCUGCCGAGAUGGAACUGAAGAACCUGCAGGAAAUGGCUUCUCCUUCCUUUGAGUUCGCCAAAGAACUGGUCAAGCACAACUUGGUGGUGUUUAGAGCUGGAGAUGGCGCCUUGCAAGUGCUUCCUCCACUCAUCGACGUCAUCCCAGAAGCCAGACUCAAUUUGGUUAUCUACUACCUGCGACAAGAUGACGUGCAGGAGGCUUACAACCUCAUAAAGGAUCUGGAGCCGACGACCCCACAGGAGUACAUACUGAAGGGAGUCGUGAAUGCAGCUCUUGGCCAGGAUCAAGGAUCUGUAGAGCACGUGAAGAUCGCUCAGCAAUACUUCCAGCUUGUAGGCGGCUCGGCAAGUGAAUGCGACACCAUUCCCGGCCGGCAGUGCAUGGCCUCCUGCUUCUUCCUUCUAAAGCAGUUUGAGGACGUCCUCAUCUAUCUGAAUUCGAUCAAGAGCUACUUCUACAAUGAUGACGGUUUUAAUUUUAACUACGCACAGACGAAGGCUGCAAUUGGGAAUUACAAGGAAGCAGAGGAGAUUUUCCUCCUCAUUCAAAGUGAGAAGCUGAAGAAUGAUUUUGUGUACGCGAGCUGGUUGGCUCGCUGCUAUAUAAUGAACAGAAAGGCACGGUUGGCAUGGGAGCUGUACCUGAAAAUGGAUACAUCAGGAGAGUCAUUUAGCCUCCUGCAGCUCAUAGCCAACGACUGUUACAAAAUGGGCCAGUUCUUCUAUGCAGCCAAAGCAUUUGACGUGCUGGAGCGUCUGGAUCCAAACCCGGAAUACUGGGAGGGCAAGCGAGGUGCCUGCGUUGGAAUCUUUCAGAUGAUCAUCGCAGGACACGAACCCAAGGAGACACUGCGGGAUGUGAUUCAGUUGCUGAGGAACACUGGAAAUCCACAAGUCGAAUACUUCCUCCGCAUCUUGAAGAAAUGGGCCAAAGACAAUCGGUUGCCCGUAUAAACCGAAGCACAUUUUCAGCCAGGAGUCAAGAUUUUGCGUUCCACUUUUGAGUUGCAUCCCAACCACCGCGUCAAUUUUUGAGGGGCAUUGUCAAGUAAAAUCUUGAGCGUUCUUUAUUAUACAUGCGGUACGGCGAGGUCACGUGAUAUGCAAGGUGUGAAGAGGACCAAAUCCAAUGGUCAUGAUCACACCUUUUGCCGCGUAUGAAUCACCCUCUGCAUAUAUUACCAUAUUCUCUGCAUUGAGAUGCAGUUUGGCCUGUAUUUUGAAAGUUGGGGGGGUGCAUCUUAUUAUCAGACAUGGCCAAAUUUGUAUAAACUCUAUUGGUAACUGGGCACAUUUGGAAAUGUCUACUUUAUGGGAGCGUCUUUUAACAUGGAGAAAGAAUCUGGAAAUACUUUUGUAACAUCUCUUUGCUCACAAGCCUGGGGCAGUUCGAUAAAUGGCGAAGGGAUGUUGAAAUUAGCUUUGUUAACUUCACCAAACGGUCGUAAUUUUUAUCGACUCUAAAUAGACGGCGACAUUAUCAGUUGACCACAAACACAAGAACUCCCGAGUUUCCUAUUUUAAGUGAAGCGCUGGGCGGAAGACGGUGCCACCCAUCCACAUGUAAAGCCGCUGUACCUUACAUACUGCACUCCACAGGUUUUUGUAAAUUUAGCUGUAAUUGUAAAUACACCUAUGGGAGCAUAAAUCAUUGUCACAAAUUGUGGGGUGACACUGCAAUAAAUUGACUUCCCGUUAA